GAACGCUGCGUGCUCCGUUGUCGAGGGCGGAUUGGCAGUGUUACGUUACGGCGGAGCUGCAGAAUACCAGAUCCACUAGGUUCAGGUUGUUUCCGGAUUACAUUUACCCAGAAUUUCCCUUAGCUGAUCGUCAAAUUGUCGUGAUAUACUAUCCGUUACAUUUGCCGCAGCCAGAUUAUUACACAGCUGUUAAUUACCUGUUUUUAAUUAAUAAUGAAUCCGCAGAUGGGAGAAUUCGUUGGUGGGUGUGUCAGCGGUGCGGCACAGAUCGUUUCCGGUCACCCGCUGGACACGGUGAAGGUGCGCCUGCAGACGCAGCCGGCCACGCGGCCCCUAUACACCGGCACCCUGCACUGCUUCGUCAAGAUGGUGCGCAGCGAGGGCGUGGCCGGGCUGUACAAGGGGAUGAGCAGUCCGCUGCACGGCGUCGUAGCCGUCAACGCGCUCAUCUUCGGCGUGCAGGGCAACGUGCUGCGCCUGCUGCCCGGGGGCGGCGACAGCCUGGCGAACCAGUCGCUGGCCGGGAUGGUGGCCGGCGCGGCGCAGAGUCUGCUGGCCUGUCCGCUGGAGCUGGCCAAGACGCGCAUGCAGGUGCAGGGAAUAACGGACACUUCCGGUCAGCCGUUGCACCGCUCCCCAACGCAGUACCUCCGCCAAGUGUACCGCGCCCACGGCCUACGCGCCGUCUACCGCGGCUUCAACGUGACGCUACUCCGCGACAUCCCCGGCUUCGGCGCAUACUUCCUGCCGUACGAAUACCUCCGCCGGCUGCUGACCCCCGCCGGCGGCCACCCCGAUGACUUGAGCGUCCCGUGGCUGAUGCUGGCGGGCGGACUGGCCGGCAGCAUCUCCUGGCUGGCCUCCUUCCCGCAGGACGUCGUCAAGACGCGCUUCCAGAUGGACGACCCCGCCCGGCCCCGUUUCCGGUCGGCCACGCACUGCGCGCUGGAGAGUGCGCGCCAGGAGAAGCUGCGCGUCUUCGCCCGGGGUUUGUGUCCGCUUUUAUUGCGCGGAUUCCUCACCAACGCCAUCAUCCUGCCGGUCAACACGCUGUUCCGUCGCUACGUGAUCAAGGAUGAUUCGCGCCAGCCCGAAUGACACGGACGCUCGAACUUCGUCCAUAUAUAACGGCAGCCAACAUGGAUGGCACUGUAGUAAACUGGCUUCCUGCGCAUCGCUCUAGAUCUGCAUUAACAUUAAUUAUUAGCUACUUAUAUGAUCUGUAUGCUGACGAAAACCGUUUUAAAUUUAUAUGUAUUGCAUUAAAAUUAUGUGUUUUAAUUAUGUGAUUUUAUGCGCGUAUACAUGGUUGUGUUUCUUGUUAGUGCUAAAAUUCAAAGAAUUUUGGGCCGUUUUU